UGAAAUUUAAUAAGGAUGGGUCAUUUAAACUAAAACAUAAAACAUUUUAUGACACCGGAUGUGGCAUUCUAUUCCUUUAUCCAUAUAAAAUAAAGCAUUUAGCUUUAAUUAUGGCUGGUACUGAUUAUAAAGGUCUUGAUCAAAUCGCCAAAUUAUUUCCUAAAAGAACUGGAGUUCCUAUUCCGGAUUGGAUUAUUGUAGGACCUGAAACUGCAUGGAAAGGUGCUGGUGGAUUACUCGGUGCUGG